AGUGAGAUCGUCAGAGAUCGUCGAUACGUAUACGAACGAACAAUGGUGAGCAAGAUGGGAAAGUGUUUGGUUUCGAUUCUUUGUUUGUUUUUUAGCUACGGCCUUGGGAAUGCUGACUUCUGUAAAGAUGAUUAUGGCAACAUUGAGAAGACAUGUCCAGAUAGUUUAAGUUUUUCAGAAACUUAUUGUUGCGGGUCACCUGGCUCCUACUACUGUUGUGAUUCUAAUGAUUAUGACCAGUAUAAUGAAGUAGAUGCAAUCAGCACUGUGAUCAUUAUCGUCAUUGUUGUUGGUACCGUUGGUGGCAUCAUAGCAUGUUGUGUCUGCUGUUGUCUGUGUUGCGCUAGAUCUCGCCCGGUGACAACAUACAUCACAACGCAGCCAGCACAGGGCCAAACUCUUAUUCAGCAAGAACAAUAUUACGCUCCCCCCGGUGGUGCUUAUCCUUCCCCUGCUGGAGGCGAGAAGGCCCCAAAUUACCCUGUUUAAUUUUUAUAAUUAUGAAGAAACAGGUCACUUCUCGAAUCUGUUAUUAAUCAAGUAAUGAGUUAAAAUAAAAAUGAUUGAAAACUCAAUAAUUUCUGCUCUUCCAUUUUUUACCAUAACACGUUGUGAUCGUCGUCCAUACUUUGGCAUUUACACACAAUGUAUAUUCUUUUUAAGAGCUUAGAUUUUUAUUUUGAAAAUGCAUUUAUAAUUGUUAGCUUUCUAUCGUUGGCAUACAGUAGGAUACUUUUGCUGUGAGUUGAUAUUAAUGAUCUGCCAUACAGUAUUUUAAUCAUAUUCCAGUAUUUUAAAAAUAUGUAUUAUAUAUUGUUAUGGUUUAUAAUAACAUUAUCAUUAUUUUUAUUGCUACAGUACAUGUAUUUUUUAUUGUUAUGGUUUUGAAAGGUAGCUUCCAAUUUUCGUUUACUCUAUUGGAUUAUCUUUGGAAGAAUAUGUACCUAUGUAUCGUAAUGUUGUGUUAUCGUUAUUAUAUUAUGCUAAGUAUUAUUGUUAAUUAUUUUAUUAUUAUUACAGUAUUAUUAUCAUUGUAUUAAUAGUUGUUAGCUAUAGUUGCUUUUUUGUUUGCAUUUAUAAAAAGAAAUGAUCAUCAUUUCAGAUAAUAAUUGAUAGCUUGCAAUGUUUAACCAUAUUAUAAAUUCAGAAAAAAAUUGGUGAUAGUGAAAUAGUGAUUUAAGAAGAAAUAAAUGGGGGGGAUUGACGAAUGAAUAAUGCAUUAUGUUUACAAUAUUUUUGUUGUUUAAAAUAUUUUAUGUUUUGGUUGAAUUUUUUUUCAAGAAUAAUUAAUGUUGACAUGGGCCAGUAGUAGUAGUACCAACAGUGGUCCAACAAGCCAGACAGAGGGGGUCUGAACCAAAAGGCCAACUAUAGCCAUGGUUAGGGUUCUGGAAUAAAAUUCCUUUUUGGAGUCAUUGGGUGGGGCAGAGAGGAGUUAUGGCUUAGUAUGGCCCAAGAAGUGCCUCUGUUGCCAAACUUCUGGUUCUGCCACUAUUACAGGUGUAAUGUGGCAUUUCGUUGUGUAGACACACUUGUAUGAGUUUGAUUGUGUAAUUGUUUACAUAGAUUUUUAGUUCAGUAUUUUGCCAACCUAGUAUUAUAGGCUGUUCCUAACAGUUGUUUCUAAUUGUUGCUUAUUAUAAUGUUGUUUUUGCGAAUAAAAGACAAAAGUGAA